CUUCUUCCAAUACAGUUAUAGAAACUUUACUAUAUAAUGAUAGUGAUAUUAAGAAGAAGAGAGCACUUCACUAGACCGAAGAUAUGGCCACCAACAACCAACAUUUCAGCCACUUCUCAACAUUCAUCUGUCUAAUAUUAGCAUUACUCCUCAACAUUCAUUAUGCAAAAAGUGAUCUCCAGUUAAAUUACUACUCAGAGAGUUGCCCAACAGCUGAAGAAAUCAUCAAAGAACAAGUCAUCAAGUUGUACCACAAGCAUGAAAAUACUGCAGCUUCUUGGAUCAGAAAUAUCUUCCAUGAUUGCAUGGUUAAGUCAUGUGAUGCAUCAAUACUGUUGGACACAACAAAGGAACAAAAAUCAGAGAAGACAUCUCAGAGGAAUUUUGGGAUGAGAAAUUUCAAGUAUAUAGAGACUAUCAAAGAGGCCCUUGAGAAUGAGUGUCCCAACACUGUUUCUUGUGCUGAUAUUGUUGUUCUUUCUGCUAGGGAUGGUGUUGUCAUGUUAGGAGGACCACACAUUGAAAUGAAAACUGGCAGGAGGGACAGCAAAGACAGCUACUUAGCAGAAGUUGAGAAUUUCAUCCCUAACCACAAUGAUUCUAUGUCAUUAGUUCUUUCUCGUUUCAAGUCUGUUGGUGUUGAUGCUCAAGGAACAGUUGCUCUACUAGGUGCACACUCAGUAGGAAGAGUUCAUUGUGUAAACAUUGUACACAGACUUUACCCAACAGUUGAUCCAACCUUGGACCCUGACUAUGCCAAUUACCUUAAAACCCGAUGCCCAGAUCCACAACCCGACCCGAAUGUAAUGGAGUUUGCUAGAAACGACCGAGAAACUCCAAUGGUGUGGGACAAUUUGUACUACAAGAAUAUUUUAAGCAACAAAGGGCUGUUAAUUGUGGAUCAACAGUUAGUUUCUGAUCCAACUACUUAUCCUUUUGUGGAAAAAUUUGCUGCUGAUAAUGCCAAUUUUCAUGCUCAGUUUGGUAAAGCUUUGAUCAUUUUGUCAGAAAAUAGUCCGCUAACUGGUGAUCAAGGGGAGAUAAGAAAGGUUUGUAGCCAUGUCAACAAGUGAUAAUUAGUGCUUUAAUUAGAAGUACUUUUAUCUUGUUGGGUAUGUCAACAUUAUUAAAAUAAAGUGUACCGGUAGCUUGUUUGGAUGAUUUCUCUAUAUCGCAUCGUAUCGUAUCAUGCAU